CCCCGCCCACACAGUGACAGCCUUUCUGUACUCUUGUUUACUAACGUUUCGAGUAAAUUGCGAAGCUUUGUUUGAUUCUGUUGAUAUUUUCGAGAUGGCGUCCAGCAUCAGGAAACCCAGUGCCACGGCCACCCAGCGGAAGAGAACGGGUCCCAAACCAGAGCUGACAGAGGAGCAGAAACAGGAGAUCAGAGAGGCUUUCGAUCUGUUUGACACAGACGGGUCAGGAACUAUAGAUGUGAAGGAACUGAAGGUUGCUAUGCGAGCUUUGGGCUUUGAACCAAAGAAAGAAGAGAUAAAGAAGAUGAUUGCUGAUAUUGAUAAAGAAGGAUCGGGUGCCAUCAACUUCAGUGAUUUCCUUUCUAUGAUGACACAGAAAAUGAGCGAGAAAGACUCCAAAGAAGAGAUCUUGAAAGCUUUCAGACUUUUCGAUGAUGACUGCACAGGCAAAAUCUCUUUCAAAAACCUCAAGCGAGUGGCCAAAGAGCUUGGGGAAAAUCUCACAGAUGAAGAGCUACAGGAAAUGAUAGACGAGGCCGAUAGAGAUGGUGACGGUGAGAUUAAUGAGCAGGAGUUUUUAAGGAUAAUGAAAAAGACCAGUCUAUACUGAAUCUCUCUCUCUCUCUCUUAUUGGUCACUAAAACCAUUAUAAUGUAUAUAUAAACCUCUUAAAGGACUUGAAAUGUUGUUUUGUGUUGCUUUAUUUUUUCACAGCUGAAUAAAUAUUUUAAUCUAUACAUAUUUUGUACAAUAUUAUAAUAAUAAAAUAUAUGUACACUACAAAAAAUGUCUGUAAUAAUAAUGGUAAAAAAAAAUGUAAACUGCUACAUUAAAAAGACGUUAAUCGGUUAACAUUAACAUACAGAGUAAAAAAUUAUAUAUAACAAGACAAUACAUGUAAUUUUACGUAAGUGAUUUUACCAUAUGAUUAAUGGUAAACAUGUAUAUUGUGUUUAACAUGAAAAUACAUGUACUUUUUACGGUAAACUAUUGUUAAAAUGACUGUAAAAAACAAUAGGUGUUCCCAGAAGUCCCUGCAUGACCCAACACAUUUCAUUAUAUGUGAAUAGUUAUGUUUCUUCAUAUGUACUGUACGUUGGGGUGUUCUGUGUUAUAUUUUAUGUAAUUUAGUUAAUGUUUAUUGCAUUAUUUUAGUGUCACGUGUGUUUGUUUCUACAUGGGAACAGUGCCGGUCCUAGUCUUUUGGGGGACCCUGUCUGUAUGUUUGCAACACUACUUAUAAUGUCUUUGACAGAAUGGGGGCCCCCUGGCGGAUCGGGAACCCUAAGCAACUUGCUUAGUUUGCCUAUAGGGAGGACCAGCACUGCAUGUGUAUUCAUUAUUUUUCCUGGAAGUGCCACUCUUGAUGAACUUUAAGUCACGUUGGCUAAAUUCACACCACAGUUGAAUGUGGCCCAGAUCUGACUUUUUGUUCAAAUCUGAUUUUUUUGUUGUUGUUUUGUUAUGUUGUUCACAUGACAUUUUAAAAGUAGCCCAUAUCAGACACCGGUCUGAACAGCCGACACUCCUAAACUGACCCGCAUGCGUGUAGCACUCCUUGAGCAUGCGUAUCGCAAACUCAGGCAUGAUCAUCAUUGUAGUAUGAAUAAUGAAUUAAAUUAUAAUAAAAUAGGA